UGCCUCCGCCGCCGCCGCGCCGCGGCCAGAGGGCGGGAGGCUGGGGGAGGGUAGCGGAGCCGGCGCCGCCGCCAUGUUGGCUCUCUGGCGGCUGCUGUAGGCGCCGGCGGGACGAGCGGGUGUGCGGGGCGGCGACGACGGCGUGGGAUCUGCCUGUGUGCGAGCGGCCGGGAGUGGCGGCGGCGCCAUGAGUGGGGGCACCCCUUACAUCGGCAGCAAGAUCAGCCUUAUCUCCAAGGCGGAGAUCCGCUACGAGGGCAUCCUGUACACCAUCGACACCGAGAACUCCACCGUAGCCCUCGCCAAAGUCCGGUCCUUUGGUACAGAAGACAGACCAACAGAUCGUCCAAUACCACCUCGAGAUGAAGUCUUUGAAUACAUCAUAUUCCGUGGGAGUGAUAUUAAAGACCUUACUGUUUGUGAGCCACCGAAACCACAAUGUUCUUUGCCUCAGGACCCAGCUAUUGUCCAGUCUUCACUAGGCUCAUCUACUUCAUCAUUCCAGUCAGUGAGUUCCUAUGGACCUUUCGGCAGGAUGCCCACAUACAGUCAGUUCAGUCCGAGUUCGUUAGUUGGGCAGCAGUUUGGUGCAGUUGGUGUUGCUGGAAGCUCCUUGACAUCCUUUGGAACAGAAACACCAAACAGCAGUACUCUAUCCCAAAGUAGUGCAGUUGGCUCUGCCUUUACACAAGAUACAAGAUCUCUAAAAUCACAGUUAUCUCAAAGUCGUUCAAGCCCUCAGUUAGACCCUUUGAGAAAAAGCCCAACCAUGGAACAAGCAGUACAGACCGCCUCGGCCCACUUACCUGCUCCAGCACCUGUUGGGAGAAGGAGCCCUGUAUCAACCAGGCCUUUACCAUCUACCAGCCAAAAAGCAAUAGAGAAUCAAGAGCACAGGCGAGCUGAAGUACACAAAGUUUCAAGACCGGAAAAUGAACAACUCAGAAACGAUAGCAAGCGACAGAUAGCUCCAGGUGCUCCUUCAGCUCCAAGGAGAGGACGUGGAGGUCAUCGAGGUGGCAGGGGAAGGUUUGGUAUUCGACGAGAUGGUCCAAUGAAAUUUGAAAAAGACUUUGACUUUGAAAGUGCAAAUGCACAAUUUAACAAGGAGGAAAUCGACAGAGAGUUUCAUAAUAAACUUAAAUUGAAAGAAGAUAAAUUUGAGAAACAAGAGAAACCUGUGAAUGGUGAAGAUAAAGGAGACUCAGGAGUUGAUACCCAAAACAGUGAAGGGAAUGCUGACGAGGAAGAUCCACUUGGACCUAAUUGCUAUUAUGACAAAACCAAGUCCUUCUUUGAUAACAUUUCCUGUGAUGACAAUAGAGAACGGAGACCAACAUGGGCUGAAGAAAGAAGAUUAAAUGCUGAAACAUUUGGAAUCCCACUUCGUCCAAACCGUGGCCGUGGGGGUUACAGAGGCAGAGGUAGUCUCGGUUUCCGUGGUGGCCGAGGAAGGGCCGGUCCCAGAGGAGGUGGUACCUUCACCGCCCCUCGAGGAUUUCGUGGCGGCUUCAGAGGUGGUCGUGGUGGCAGGGAGUUUGCGGAUUUUGAAUACAGGAAAGACAACAAAGUUGCUGCGUAGUCUACAAACAAGUCUUUGAGCGUAGGUGAAUUUGUAGCUCUUCAUGGUCCUGAGAAUUGGUUUGAGUCUCUGCGAAGAAAGAAAUGAAGAAGUGAAUUUGCUGUAUAUUUGUCACCAGCACUGGGUUUUUUGUUUCUUUUUCUGCUUAAUUUCAAAGAUACAAUGCAGUUAUUUGGGGUGGGGGUGGGGGUGGGGAGCUCAUCUUUAAAAAUGAGCAUUAAAUAUAUUUGGAAUAGCAGAAGGUUAAGUAAUUUCAUAUGUAUAGUGAAACUAAAGCAGUACUUCAAUGGGACUUAUAAGUAUUUUUUCAUCACUGAAAGGAUUUUUCUUAUCACUAAAUUGUAUUUGGCAAUUUUGCAGGUUGCCUGCAGAUAGGGCCGUGAUACUGUGUUUUGAGCCACAGAGGGUUGUGUGUGCGUGUAUGUGUGUGUGCGUGUAUGUAUCUUACUUUUUGGAAAUCCUGUACUAGCCCUUUUGAGGUAGCUUAUUUCGUCAGUUAGGGUGCUGGAUGGUAGAGAAUUUUGUCAGUCAACUAUGUACACACAGUAAAUACUGUUUCUUAGGCAAAGGUAACUUUUUUAUAUAGCUGUAAAAUUCCAUUAUUUUCCAUUGCCAAAGAAACAUUAAGAACUUUGUAUAGCUGUAAAAAAAGCAACUAAUUUUUUAAAGAAUAAACAUUUUAAAGUCAGCAAACAUACUGUGUCCUUGCAGAAGUUGAUGUGCUGAGAAGCAAAGAUAUGGGUGGGUCUUUUCUUUUUUUUUCUCCAUAGCUAUCCAGGCUUUCAGAGCUUUUUUUUUUUUUUUUGAGUGUUUAGUAGCAUAAAUGAAGAUUUGCUACAUUCUUUCAUUAUUUAAAAAGGAUAAAUUAGUAAUGCUCAUAAGAACUUCAUUUUGUAGUAAAUAGUAUAUCACCGGAUUUGUCCAAAUAAUAUUUUCACUAUACAAAUGUAAAUAAUCAUAGAAUGUACUUAGAUGUAUUUUCAAAUCACUAACUUCCCUCCUUUUUUAAGACAUUGAAACAAGACUUUACUUAACCUGUUCUUCCUGAUAUGCCUGGAACUCUGUCAUGAUACCUUGACUCAUUCCAUUUUAUUUCAAGAGGAUUCAGAGUAUUAGAAAUUAUUUUGGAAACCUAUAAGCUACAACACUGGUCCUUGGGCCUGUGACCACAGAUGACUCAGCAUAGAUUUCAUUGCUAAUUAUAAAUUACUAGAAAAUCUUUUUUGAUAUUUUAAGCUAUAGUGGAAGAAAAUCUGGCCACUUUUGUGUUUUUAUGAAGGCCAUGGAAUAAAGGGAUCCAAAGAUUUAAAUAUUUUUAUCUAUUUUGAUUUUAUUAACUUUCUCCUUGAACAUUCACUAGUGCUAAAGAUAUGGAAAGCUGCACUGUAGGAGAAUUGGGAUAUUUAAAGAUGGUUGAUAUUUUUAAUUUUAUAUCUUUUGUAUAGCUCUACAAGGAAAUGUUUUGUAAUUUGGUUUCAUUAUUAAAGUCCAGUACUUGGCAGCCAUAGUUUAGAUAGUAUUUGUUUAAUACUGUUUGCUUGCAUGUUAACAACAAAAGCUUUUGGAAGACCCACAAAUCAUGAUAUUGACUAUUUCUGAGGUAUUCUGAACGUCAAAGCAAGUGCUAUGGCAAUACCUGUGUAGACUUGAGAUGUCCCAGGCUGAUUUCAAGAAGAAAAACUGUAAAUACCAGUUCUACAUGCUCUGAAAGUAUGAAUUUGUGCAUUUUCCCAGCCACCUGGGUCACUGAUGAGGGCAUUUGGUGCCCCAACAAUAACUGGCAGCAUGGCAUACCUGCAGUGCACCUUAAAAUAUUAAAGCAAGGUUUUUAUCUAAGACAGAAUAAAACUGUUCAAUAAAAAAAAUGUUUUGUCAAAAUUCA